AUGGAACUGCAAGGCGCGUGUCUUCUGUGCCUCUGCUAUAGAGACAAGGAGAGAGGGGGGGGGGGAGGGGGGAAGGGCCGUCGGCAGCCGCCCAAGCUGAAAUUGAAGGACUACACCGUGAGGCUGCCACGCGCAUCAAGGGACCAGGACAUGAAGCUUCUCCGCCGGGCGGCAAGGGACAUCGAGGGAGUCGGGGAAUCGGACCCGGUCUACCCGUUGACCGGACCUGCGUGCAUCACGAGGAAGGAAGCUGCCGCUGCGCUGCUAGCGCUGGGCGAAGAGCGCGACGACGCGAUGGUGGCGGCGGCGAAGGCGGCAGUAUCGGAGAGCGGCGAUUGCGGUGAAGGCGCCAGGAGCACCAUCGCAGACGGCUCGAUCCCCCUUGCGAUGGGCAUCAACCAGCCACUCCUGGCGGAAGCCGAAGCCGACGCCCGCUUGGCCAGCCCUGGCGUAAGCCGUAACCUCACCACGGAAGACCAACGGAGCUCGCUGCCACACCCCGCGCAGCUCUACCACGCCCAGGGCAAGCCGGACUCGAGCGACGAUGCCACCGGUGCCAUGUCGGCUGCUGCCAAGAUUGCCCCCGCUAGAGCCGGAGACGUGGCCGGGUUGGCGGCGGUGGCGGCGGCUAAGGUGUUCUCUCGUGGGGCGGCGGAGGGAGAACCGGUCUUGAAGAGAAGCUUGGCAACGGCCGUGGCCAACGACAUCGCCAACAGCAUGGAAGUGGCCGGCGGCGGGGGCAAGUGCAGCUUCGGGAAGCGGAAGAGGGGCCACGACGACAACGACGACGACGACGACAUGGUCGAUGGGAGUGGCUGCGUGGACGUCAACAAGGCGUCCGGCGAUGACGGCGCCAGCGAGCGUUGUGCUAAGCGCGUCCGGCAGGCGGCUGGCGGACAGUCCCGGCAACUCCGAGGGUCGCGUGACCGCAGCGGAAAGUAA